AUGAAAUAUCGUUUUAUGCGGAAAACUCGGCGCUGCUGCGACAACGGGCGCGCGUACGAACGCCGCGCGCCGUCGCGCGGCCGACGAAACACGACAAUAACGGCGAGCGAGCGCCGCGUCCACUGGUCGACGGACGUGCUGUUAAUUCACACGACGUCCGUGGACGUGUCCGACGGCGACAUCGACUUUGGUUUUUCCGAAAACGUCGACGGGCGGGCAUACGCGUUUCAAUGCGGACCGCCGACCGAACGGUUUUUCCGGAAAAGCGUUCACGUGCUGAACAGUCGAAACCCGAGCGAAAGGUGUUCGCGUUAUUUCGCUUUAAGUUUCACUAAUGCCGCCGGGUCGGAUAGAACAUCGCGGUACCGACGGGGCCGGCUACCGGUUCCGUACGAUUCGGCGGCCGUCGUCUGCGCGAACAUUGAGCCGAUUUCUCGGUUCGGUGAAAUUCGCAGUGCCUGUUCACCGUAUCGUUUGGGUUAUUGCGAUUUCGUUAUCCCGGAAAACAAAAAAACAAACGUAACACGUUUAAUCGGUUUACGUAAAUGUUUUCAAUAA